GAAAUCUCAGAGAUAUAAUAUUGAUGAUCCAGGAGCCAGCACGAGUACAGGCAACAACAUACGAGGCGGGCAGGGCAACCAACCAGGCACCGGAACAGGCACACAAACACGCUCACGAUCACGCACCCGCACGGUCCCAGGAUCCUCGGAGCGUACCAGUAAGAACAUUGUCUGGCGAGAGAAACUCAUCGCCCAACUGCUGCUGCUCUCACAGGAGAACAACGCAAACAGUGCCUAUGAAGGCUUCGGCUACGUGCACGUCGAUGAGCAGAACAACCAUACCGAUCGUGAUAAAUACGAAACCAAACCCAAGAAUCAUACUGAUCAGGGUGCCAACAAGCAACAGCAGCAGCAGCAAGACCAGAAUAAGCGGGACAGAGUGCAGUCCGCCUCGAACACGCAUUAUCAGAAUACCCUUUUUACCAGGGUCGGUACCAACGCGUCCGCCAGCGAAACAGGCCCAGCCUUCGGUGUUGCCUAUAGUAAACUUGAAGAAUUCGGCGACGGAAACCCCUAUCGCAACGUAUCCAGCGACUGGGACUGCAACAUACCAACUAGAACACAACUCGGCCCCGAAAACAACGCACCACGAUCAGGCGACAGUAGUCGGUACACGGACUAUGGAGAUGGUGACGCAAACGGUCCCGGUUUCGAGCACGCCCCAGUCACAGACCCUGACCUCACUGGCUGGUAUCCAGCUAACAGGUGCAGACUUGCAGCCGUCCCGCCAGGAAAUGAGUGGAGCAAUGCCUACUACAGUUGCUACAGUUGAAGAGAUAGAUGUUCCGGUGUUCAUUGAUGAAUACCUGCAAGGCAUAGAAGCAACGUCAUCGUGUAGCAGCGAAAACGGAAAGGAGAUUUUUACUGAAACGGAUAUUCUUGACUUUGACUUUGAUAUAAACCUGAUUGCCGAGGAUCUGAUUGAGCUUGAGCCCAAGAAAAUGGAUCAGUGCAAUCUGGUUAUGGAUGACAUCAACAACGACAACCUCGACGACUUUAAACUUCAUAUGGAUGCCUACGGUUUCCAGCAACUGUCUGGAGAAGAGGAAACCCUCGACAUGGCCCCCAUGUGCGGCAUCAACUUCAAUCAACCCAAUCACUGCAUCGACCUCAAAGACAUUCUCACCGGAUCCCAAGACCCCAUGCUAUCAACUUUCUCUCAGACAUCUACCAACACCAAAUGCUUCACCGAAGAGCCUCUGCUUGCCGACGAGAACAGCUACGGCGACAGCCUGUACGUCUGCAGUCAGGAGUCCUUGGGCUUCGGCCAGGUGAACGAUGUCAAGCCAGUUUCCGAAUCGGACGUUGGCAGCAGCAGCGUCUCCAUGGCCAUCCGACACACCCUGUCCAACUCUCCCUUGGUUGGACUUAAGCGCACGGCCUCGGCGGCAGUGCUCGCCCCUGUGGGCGAGACACAAGCGCAGAAGCGGAGCAAGCUGAUGGUCAAGAUCAACAGCCAGUCACCGCCUGCAUUCAGCCAAUCAGAAGCAAUAAGCACACCCGACAUCAUUGAGCAUGUCUUGAAUUUUGAGAGGCCCGAGGCCGCCACCGCCACCAUCAUCACAUCACAUGCCGGAAUCAUCGAGGAUCUGCGCAGCGCCGAGGAGGAAACCACCUCCGAUUUCUCAGCUCCGAACACGCCGCACAGCUACUACUCCGCGUGUUCCUCCAGCGUAGCCUCAACCUGCCAGUCAGGGCUAGGCGGCUUUCUCACCGCUCCAGCCUCCCCCGCCUACUCAGUCGCCAGUACCUCCCAGUUCAGCGUCACCGCCUCGGCGAACGGCAACGCCAGCUCCAAGCGGAAGCGCGGCCGUCCCGCCAAGGAGCACGCGGACGGACCAGACCCCGAGGUGAUGUCCCGCAUGGACGAGGAGGAGCGCAAAGCAUACAUCGAUCGCAUCAAGAACAACGAGGCCAGCCGCGUAUCGCGCCGGAAGACGAAGAACCGCGACGAGGUCGAGAAGAAGAUGGAGGAAGAGCUGGUGGCCGAGUACGAGAGCCUGCUGGCCCAGUCGGAGCGGGUGGACCACAAGGAGAAACUGUUCAAGAACUACCUGAUGGUCCGCCAGCGGAACAACAGCACCUUCUUCAAGAAGGAGCACUGAGCAGCCAGCUAGCCUUAGAUUCUCGUAGCCAUAAAUAGAACUGUCGUUACCUACUGAUGUCGCAUAUGCGGUGCAUAGCCUAAGUUGAGAGAGAUCCUCCUGUCAUCCAUUUGCCUAGUUAUAUAAGUUGUCGUUGUCGUUGAAGUUGAGAAGAAGAAUCCAAUAUCCAUUACGCAUCCCCGCCAGAAGCUGGGGAGAACAUCGUGCGUCAGGGAAUCUGAUCUGACCCGAUGUAAAACCUAAACCAUAAUUACCAACAUAUUAUGAAUAGAGGCGCCCCACCCCACAAAGGGCGCGAGGUGUGAUUAUUUUUAAAAAAUACUUUUUAUUAUGUUUGCAAGAACUUUAAAAUUCUACCACCAUGUUUUUUGUAUCCCACGUAUAAUGUUUUCGAUCCUAAGCGUAAUCUCAAAAAACAGAAAAUCACACAAAAAAAAAAAAUUAAAACCCUUCAAAUGGGUAGAGAUUAC